UAGCAGAAGAUUAUCUUCAGUGUGUACUAAAAAUAAUAAUAAAUGCAUAUUUGUAUGAAAAAAUAAGAUUUUUUUAAGACACAUCGAAUUCAAUCUUCGUGUAAAAAUUACGACCGCGAGCGUGUCUGGGUUCGAGGCUUUAUAUAAAUACAUCUACGUCCUGAAAAUUACCGGCAGUCAUUGCGAGAAUUUUGUAAUGAAGGAAUUGUCGCCCAAGGAGGGCAAAUUUUAAGAGCGUUCACUUGAGCCGAGAAUGCCGGUGAAAGUUGACGUAGUACCACCACCGCCCGCAAAUUCAAAGCAGCCGGGUGUCACAAAAUCUUUGCUUUACAACGGUUCGCGAUUUCAAGGCUCUCAAAAGUCUAAAGGCAACAGUUAUGACGUAGAAGUAGUUUUGCAGCAUGUAGAUGAAGAAAAUAGCUAUUUAUGUGGCUAUUUAAAAAUUAAAGGUCUUACAGAAGAAUUUCCUACAUUGACUACAUUUUUUGAUGGUGAAAUUAUAUCAAAGAAAUAUCCCUUUUUAACUCGAAAAUGGGAUGCAGAUGAAGAUGUUGACAGAAAACAUUGGAGCAAAUUUGAAUCAUUUCGUCAAUAUGCUAAAACAUUUAACUCUGAUACAUUUGAUUAUGAGGCUUUAAAAGGAACUGAUUUUGUUUUUAUGAGGUGGAAGGAACACUUUUUGGUUCCUGAUCAUACUAUUAAAGAUAUCAACGGUGCCUCAUUUGCAGGAUUUUAUUAUAUUUGUUUUCAAAAAUCUGCUGCUACAAUUGAAGGCUUUUAUUAUCAUCGUAGUUCUGAAUGGUAUCAAUCAUUGAAUUUAAAACACGUCCCAGAACAUAGCAUACAAAUCUACGAAUUCAGGUGAAAUCAAUGACUCACUCAGUUAUUUCUCCAAAUUCAUAUUUUGCCUCUCCUAGCAUACAGAUCUCAUAAAAAUCAAUCUGUCAAGUAGUUUAAUUCAAUUUUGAACAAGCAACAAUUUUUAAAUUGUUUAUGUUAAAAAUAAGGUUCUUGAAAGACUUAACUACUUAUUUCUUAGGUUUUUUUUUCUUUCUUUUUAAACAGUAGUAUAUAAUAUAUGGAAUAUACAUAUAUUAAAUUUAAUUUAUAUAAAUAUUAGAAAUGUCAUAAAGAAAAGUCAUAAUUAAAAAAAAUGACAAAGAUUGCAGUCAUUGAUACGCUUGAUUAUAAAUUAGAUAUUAUUGAUAUUCAUUGUAAGAUGUUUUAUCGAAAUAAAUUAAUUGAUAUUUUUUGUCAAUUAAAUUGUUGUUAAUUAUUUGAUAUUUUUAUAUAAGACUGUAUUAUUGUUUAUUAGCAAUAUAUAUCUAUUUUUUGUUUAAGUUUAAUAAUUAAUAUAUAUAGUUAAAAAUCUUACUAAUUUAUAUAUUUAGAAAUACACGAAAUAAGAAUAAUUUUCUAAAAUUAAAAAGAUAAAUAUAAUUAUAUUUGAAUUACUUAUUAGACAAUCUAAUGACUGCAUAGAUUUAUAUUUUACUGCAGGGAAAUUUAAUGUUUUAUAUUUUAUUCAUUCAAAUACUUAUGAGAUCUGUUUGCCUAAACUGAAAGAACGAUAAUGACUGAAUGAAUUGGCGUGAAUGUAAUAAAAAUUACACUGGAAUAUGAAAGUAAUUUUAAUAUUAAUUUAAGAUAUCAAAAUUUCAUGUUGAUAUUAUUGUCUUGCAUCAGCAUGAUACAAACUAAAUGAUAAAUUCAGAUUAAACGUUCCAUUUAAGGAGAAUUUUGUUAGGAAGAAUUUUCUUACUCUAUCUAUAUAAAUCAGUUUAUGUAUUCAUUAAUUCUGUUUUAUAUAUUUAAUACAAUUAAUAAAUUCUUAGUCACAAAAACAUACCAAAUGAAGAAAGCCUUUCCUUAUAAGAUUCCCCUAAGUGGUACAAUUUUAAUGAGCCAAAUGAACAAGAAAUCUUUUAUGAAUAUUCAUAAUAUUAAUAAAAUAAAAAAUUUGAUACAAGUUGGCUGUUUAUAGAAAUCAUAAUAUAAUGUUGAAUAAUAAGAUAUUGAAUCUGUUAUAGAUAUAGAAUACUAAUUAUUCAUUACUGAUUAAAUUAAUUUAAAUUGAUAUAUUUAUUCAGUAAAUUAUUAAAUAUUAAAGAUUAUUAUUAAUUUUGAAUCUCUUUUUAGAAAUGAAAAAAAUUAUUCUUUUUAAUCUUAAUCACUAAAAAAAAUUUUAAUAUUAUCAAAAUAAUAAAAUUUGUAUAUUAUUUAAAAAAAAUUUAAUUUCUUUAUUUUAUUUUUGUAGAACAGGAUAUGAACAGGAUAAAAUAUAUAAGCAUUAUAUGUAGCUUAUAUUGAAAUAUCUUUAUUAUAUUGAUUAAUAUAUUUUUGUUAUUUUUUAUUCCAGUAAAACUAAAUGAAACUAAAAAAUAGCAAACUUAUUAUUCGACAUAAAAUUUUAAUAGUAAAUAAUUGUUACUUAUAUAAAUAAUUUUAUUAAUAUUCAUUUGUUAGUUAAUUUACAAAAAAUAUUUUUUCAAAUAUAAAUCUUAAAAAUCUGGAAUAUAUAUAUAUAUAUAUAUAAAUUCAUAUCUUAUUUGACUAAUUGUUGUAAUAUUUUUAUGUAAUAUACAUUUAAAAACAAACAAUUGACUUUUUUGUAUAAUAUAUUUUCUUCCAAAUUAAUAUUUUAGCAGAAAGUAGAGUUUAAUAUUUCUUUGGAAUUCAUGUACAUUGUAAUUACUUUAAUAUUAAAACAAAGAAAAAAAUAUCAAUUCAUCAUUACAAAAUUAAGUAUAAAAAAAAAUAUGUAGAUUCUUGUUAUAUUGUAAAUUGCUUAUUAAAUAUAUCUUUAAAACUAUUAUAUGAUAUUUUCAAUAUAAAAAUAAAAUUAUAAAUAAAUUAAGGAAUAUAACUGGUACAAAUCACUUCAAUGUUUAAAUUUUCUAAUAGUUUAAUUGAAAGUUAAUAAAAUUUCUUCCAAAAUAAAAAACUAUUGAUUGCUUUAGUGCAAUCUAUUCAUUUUAAACAAUUUUAACAUUAGAAUGAAAUGUAUUAAUAAUGUAAAAUACAAUAAAGAAACUUCUCCAUUAAA